AUGUACUUCAUGUUGGUCAUGCACAUCAACCUGGCCGACGCCUCCAACCUGCUGACCGACUACAUGGGCACGAGCUACAUGAUCGCGGUGCUCAUCACCGUCUUCGCCGACACCUUUGUGGGCCGGUACCAGACCGUGAUCAUAUCCUCCCUGGUGGAGCUCAUCGGGCUCCUGCUGAUGACGCUGCAAGCUCACUCCCCGAAGCUGCUGCCGGAGGGGUGCAAAUGGCCGGAGCCGACGUGCCAGAGGGUGGGCGGCCACAGCGAGACGCGGCUCUACGUCGGGCUGUACCUGGUGGCGAUCGGGUCGGCGGGCAUCAAGGCGGCGCUGCCGGCGCACUGCGCGGACCAGUUCGAGGCGAAGCACCCCAGGGAGCGGCGCCAGAUGUCCAGCUUCUUCAACUGGCUGCUGCUCAGCUUGUGCAUCGGCGGAGCCGUCAGCGUCACGGUGUUCGUGUGGAUCCAGAACGUCAAGGGCUGGGACAAGGGGUUCGGCGCCGCCACCGGCGUCAUGGGCCUCGCCCUCAUCGCCUUCCUCGCCGGCAUGCCCCGCUACCGCAUCUUCACGGCGCAGGGCAGCAGCGCGCUUCUCGACAUCCUCCGGGUGUACGUUGCUGCGAUCAGGAACCGGAAUCUGCAGCUCCCUGAGAACCCCGACGAGCUGUACGAGAUCAGCAGAAGCAAAGCUUCUCCCGAGGAGGAGUUCGUGUCCCACAGGGACAGGCCAUUCAGGUUCCUGGACAGGGCGGCCAUCGUGCAGGCGCCGGCGGCGGAGGCGCCGAGCCCGUGGCGGCAGUGCCGGGUGACGCACGUGGAGCACGCCAAGACGGUGCUGGCCAUGGUGCCCAUCUUCUGCAGCGCCAUCAUCAUGGGCACCUGCCUGGCCCAGUUCCAGACCUUCUCCAUCCAGCAGGGCUCCACCAUGAACACGUGGGUCGGGGACUUCCAGAUGCAGCCGGCGACGCUGCCCAUCAUCCCGCUGACCAUGCUCAUCUUCGCCGUGCCCAUCUACGAGCGCCUCUUCGUGCCCUUCGCCCGCGGCAUCACGGGCCACCCCAACGGCAUCCCCUACCUGCAGCGCGUCGGCGUCGGCCUCGUGCUCUCCGUCGUCUCCAUGUGCAUCGCCGCCGUCGUGGAGAUGCACCGCAAGAAGGUGGCCGUCCGGCACGGCAUGCUGGACGCGUUCCCGAUGCUGCAGCCGCUGCCCAUGUCCGUCUUCUGGCUGGCCCCGCAGUACGGCGUGUUCGGCAUCGCCGACAUGUUCACCUACAUCGGCCUGCUCGAGUUCUUCUACUCGCAGGCGCCGCCCGCGCUCAAGUCCAUGUCGUCGGCCUUCCUCUGGGCGUCCAUGUCGCUGGGGUACUACUUCAGCACCAUCAUCGUCAAGGCCGUGAACGCGGCCACCAGGAAGCACACGCUGAGCGGCGGCUGGCUCAACGGCAACAACAUCAACCGGAACCACCUCGACCUCUUCUUCUGGCUGCUCGCCGUGCUCAGCUUCAUCAACUUCCUCAACUAUCUCUACUGGGCCAGCUGGUACAAGUACGUCAAGCCCCAGGACGAGGAGGACGAUGCGGUCGCACCGGUGGAGCAGCAAGUGUGA